GCACGAGAGCAGGUCCUGAAACGCGCCGUGCGCCACCGUGGAGGCAGGCAGGCGCAGGCAGCUGUUCACCGUACAGGUCAGGGAAGCCCGUCUGUGCGCACAUUUACACCGCAAGCGUUUGGCGUCCAGUGGCUUCCAGCGCGGAGAAAAAGUGCCGUUUUUAAAUUUUUUUGGACUGGACUGUUUCCUUCUGUUCCGUCUCCAAAACUCACAAUAUAAACCGAGAGUCCUGCAGCAGUGAGUCCUGGUCCACACAGUGACCAAGAGCUGCUUCUCCUUCAUACAAGCAACACAACCACUCUCAAGUUAGCUCCAGUAGUUUAUACUCCAACCAGAGAGUGCGUUUUUAAUAUAUAUUUUUUGCUGCGUAAUUUUCGUUCUUUUUUUAUUGGCACGGUGGGAUAUGAGACUUCAAGAUGUGAGCAGUCAUCCGCGCUCAGUCGCUUUAUUGAUGGGAGAUAACCAAGUGUUCAUGUGAGACCAACUGCCGAGGACGAUUUAUGACAAGAAGAAAUGUGCAGAAAAGAACCCGGAGCAAAACACACCCAACAGUGGAUCUGUAACGAUUAUUUCCUUUCCCUUUCAGCUCAGUUGUUUUUAUUUAUUUGUAUUUUUCUAUUUUGAAAUAUUUCUGCACAGACUGAGAGGAGAAAGUUGAGCCUCCAUCGGUUCAGGGGUCACGGUCAGCGGACCGAGAAGGCGAGAAAGGAGGGAAGGCUACUUUGUUCCGCUUUUUUUCUUCUUCUGUGAAACUUUUACAUUUUUUACGUCUUGGGACUGGUAGCAGCUUGGCGUUGACGAGCAGCUGAAGGAAUGAGCACCACCGCUGUCGUUUCCCUCCUCUGGUUUCGGAGACGCCUGAACAGAGCCGCUGUUGUGUCCCGUCCCCAUGAGGAGGGGGCCCGUCUCUGAUUCGCAUUUUUUGGCACCAUUUCUUUCUUCUCUUUCACCUGCAAAUCUCUACUUUUUGAUGUUUUGAUAUAUUUUUUAUGAGUUCAACUCAAAGCGCACCGUGUCACAUUUUCAAUCAGUUCAAUUUUCGUUUUUAAAUUAGGCAUAAAAAGUUCUUCAUUUGAAGGGAACUGGCAGCCUUGCGCUUUUCAUUCAUUGGAGGUCACGGUUUGUCAGUAUAUAGUGGCCGACUGAAGCGGGGCAUCCGGUGGCAUUUUCCAGUCCCCUCAGAGCGCACCGGGGCCCUGCAGCCCCACCGUAGCGAUGGAGAUUCACUGUAAGCACGACCCGUUUGCGGCAAUGCACAGACAUGGUGGAGUCAACCAGCUUGGAGGUGUGUUUGUAAAUGGCAGGCCCCUCCCUGAUGUAGUUCGACAGCGAAUAGUAGAACUUGCCCAUCAAGGCGUUCGGCCCUGCGACAUCUCACGCCAGCUACGAGUCAGCCAUGGAUGCGUCAGCAAGAUACUGGGCAGGUACUAUGAAACGGGAAGUAUCCGCCCCGGGGUAAUCGGGGGAUCCAAACCAAAGGUUGCUACACCCAAAGUGGUCGACAAGAUCGCCGAUUACAAACGCCAAAACCCCACCAUGUUUGCCUGGGAGAUCCGGGACAGGCUCCUGGCCGAGAGAGUUUGUGACAACGACAGCGUCCCCAGCGUCAGCUCCAUCAACAGGAUCAUUCGGACUAAGGUUCAGCAGCAGCCCGGUCAAACGGGCUCAGUGUCGGCUCACAACUUAGCAACGUCCGUGGCUGCCACACAGGUCUCAGCAGUGACCAGCGACUCGGCCGGCUCCUCGUACUCCAUCAGUGGCAUUCUGGGUAUCAGCUCAGCUGCUGAUGUGGGCAAAAGGAAGAGGGACGAAGGUUUGCAGGAGUCGCCACUGGCCAAUGGGCACGGUCACAGUGGGCGGGACUUCCUCAGGAAGCAGAUGAGAGGGGAGCUGUUCUCGCCACAGCAGAUCGAGGUAUUGGACCGCCUCUUUGACAGACAGCCAUCCUGUCCAAUCCAAUCCAGCUCUGACCUCUAUGUGAGCCCUGACUCUGGCAAGACGUCAGAUUAUUCGGCCAUGGCCUCACUAGCAGGUGGACUGGACGAGAUGAAGAACAGUCUGGCCAAUCCGGGCACAGGGGCGGAGUUAGGAGCCAGCGUGUCCGGUCCACAGUCCUACUCACUAGUUCCAGGUCGAGACCUAGCCAGCACCACUCUGCCAGGCUACCCUCCUCAUGUCCCACCCACUGGACAGGGCAGCUACUCCACCCCCUCCCUCACUGGCAUGGUACCUGGGGGAGAUUUUUCUGGAAGUCCUUAUUCCCAUCCGCAGUAUUCCACGUACAAUGAAUCUUGGAGAUUUCCUAACCCCAGUCUAUUAGUGUUUCAGCAGGAUUAUGGGUCUCUCCUGGGGACGGAAAUCGGCUGCUCCUCCAGUCUCUUCACCAGCCAGGCAGGACAGAUGCAAGGGUCACCGUACUACUACAGUGCAACGUCUCGGGGGGCCGGCCCUGCUGCCACUGCCACAGCCUCCGCCUACGACCGACACUGACCCGUCCUGCAGAGAGAAGAGGCGGGUGAGAAGCAAGAGACGAGGAAGGGAGGGAGGGAUGGAUAGCACCAGCACUGCUCAGUACAAACUUGCCUGCGCACGGACUACAAUGAGAAGAUUUCAAAUCUCUGACGUCAGUGAAGUUUUGAUUUUCUUUGUUGGCACCAACAAACACGCUCCCAGGCUGCAGCACAAUACUGUACUGAUAUACAUUACUGUGAGGAUAUAGGACUGAUCUUGUGAACAGGUGCAUUUUGGAAAUUUGGACCCUCCCAUAAUACAUCAAGGCUUGAUAUCCCUACCUUGAUUGUCAUCUAUAAAUCCAAGAAGUCAGUGGACGGUGUGUGCAGCAUUAAAACUAUCUGUAUUGUGAUCUUCUGAGUAAAAUGUUGUGCUUUCAGGUUAUUUUUAAUGAAAUCGUUUGAGCUGAUUGAGGCAAAAUCACUUUUUCAACUAGUAUUUUUGUGACCCGACAUCAAUCAAUUUUCUAUGCCAUACCACAGUGAAGUAAAGACAAUCCUCAUAACUGUGAAUGACCAAAAUCACCCAUAUCCCUAUCAUUCUACUCCCUUUGCUGUAGAUUCAACACAUUUCCUCUGGGAUCACAAUGUUUAGUAAAAAGGGGUAGCCUCAUGUUAAUUGGAGUGUUCAGGCUCAGUGUUCGCUAUGCCCUGCCCCAGUUUGUUGAAACUGUCAUGCUUUUCAUUCUUGAAGAACACAAAUGCUGUAAAUUCCUUGUCACGUUUAAAAGCAACAGAUUCUUGAUUUCCAACAGAAAUAGAUAAAAUCAGCUUGAUCAACGUAAAUAAAGUGAAAACGUACUCUAAUCCGACAAGAAACAGUUCUCACACAGUACAAUACACUGUACCAGUCAAGAACAAGGCUUUUUAAAAAAAUAUAACCUGCAACUACAAACUUAAUUGUUUGUUUAAUUGUUGACUGUAGGUAGUAGGCUAGUAAAACAGACAUGCUAACAUUUGCAGCUAACUUUAGAGCAGAUACAUGCAUAAUUUAGUUCAUUCCUUACACUGUUUCUUUGCUGUUUUUGGUUUUGAAAAAAGCUAGAAUAUAAGAUCACCUUCCAAACUCUUUUAGUGCUGUGUGACAUUCCUUUUACAGCACACUGCAGAAGCAAGUGGAUAAAUCCAAAACUUAACUGGCCUAUCAUGUCUAAUUAUGGUUGUUAUGGCAUGAUUGGAUUUUUGCUGUUCAGGGGUGGGGUUUAGCGAACUGCUAAUUUUAGUGUUUAAAUGUGAUUCCCCAAAUAGGAAAACUGUAUCCUCACAUCAUGGAUGUAUUAAGGAGAGAGGGAUACUGGAUACCAAAGCUGGUGCUUUCUCACUUGACUAACAAUUGCCCGUCUGGCACAUGUGUCAAAAAGUUUCUCACUUUGCUCUCCUUGUAGACUUGAUAUUGUGAAAGUAAAACUAAUUUUUCAUUUCACAGGAGAGAUUUUACAUUUGUAAAACUCAUAAAUUCAUGAUAUAAAGAGUGAAAACCAGUCUUAUUUGUGAUUACAUUAAAUGUGUCUUGUUUCCAGAAAUUUCUUUUACAAUGGUGGUCCAUAGGAAAAUUGGGAUGCAUUCUAUUAUCCAUGUUUUACAGCCAGCAUGCUUUCCAUUUCCCACAAAGGACUGCAAGUUUGGGUAAAAGAAAAGACAUGCAAUUUUGGAACAUGGAAAUACAUUUUAGGUUACAGGGGAUCUAUUUUAGUGGCAACAAUGCAAGAGACCGUAGGGAGAAAUUGGAAGCAAGGCUGACUGGCAGCCAUAUCCAGCUCUCUUAAUACAUCCAUACCUCACAUCCACACUUACAUUUGACCUGGUUUGAAUACCACUGAUUAACAGACAAGCCUUUCAGUGAAGCACAGCCGAAAAUAUGAGUCCUCUGCUGUAAAAACAACAGUGUAGAUGUUCACGUAAAACCAAAAUCAGCUCCACUGGGUUAUGUUACUGUACAGGAAGGUGCUAUCCUGCCUCUCCAGCCAAGAUUUAGUCCUGAUCAAGAGCUAUUUAUAAUGGAGGAGACACAGAGUAAUAUAUUAAGAAGCUUUUCUGCGCUGCACUCCGUGAUGAGAGUGAAUGCCUGUAAUGAUUUAUAAUAGUGUCACGCUGUUGUGCUAGAAUAGUGAUGAUGAUGAUGAUGAAGAUGCAGUGAACUAUGAAAUCUGAUAAACUUUCAAUAUAAGAAGUCUUUGUUUAUAAAUGUGAUCAGAUUGCGAUUUUCCUGUUUAUAGUUUGUUUCCUGGUAUCAGUUGACACAGGUGCCAUUUAAUAAGACGCCAUUUUUAUCAGCCUCCUGUCUAUUCAGAAGAAGAUCGGGAGGCGGUGGCACCGUCUUUUUCUCUCUCUUUCUCUCGCUCUUUCUAUUUCUCUCUUUAAACUCCCCAAAGAUGGGCCCCCCUAGUGGAUCGGCUGACUAACUACAAAAGCACAAAGAGACUCAAUCAUCAUUUAAAGACGCCAUUUUACUUUUCUGACUUCCUUUCUGAACCAUGAAGUAAUUCUUCUUCCUCUUCUUCUCCCCUUUCUGAGUUAGUGUCCAUGUGCUGUUUGACAUCCUGAAAUUGUUUCUAUAAAAGCAUUGCUUUCGUGAAAAAAAAUAAGUGAACGUUUUCAUUUGUUUUGUUUGUCUCCUACAUCAGUUCUGCGCUGUGACAAUGCAUGACACCAGGGUCGAGGCCUUACCCAUCAUGUACAGACAGAGUAGGACACGUUUGCCCUUCAGCACUGAUCUGAAAUCAGUGUGUUUUCCCUCCUUAGUGUCUGAGGGCCCACUAUGUUGAUCUUGUGAGAGGGCAAUGUCUUCCUAAGCCUGUACGUAGCUUCCUGUUUCAAUUGUGUCCAUACAAGUCUUGUACAGUAAUCAGUGAAAGAGCAGAGAAGUCACAAUGUCAAUAGCAGUUUCAAUUAUUCACAUUUGAAUUUAGAUUUUAGUGAUGAAGCUUUCUUUAUGAUGAAAAGACAUAAAAGGUGCGUCGUGUUGUUUUAGCCAUUGUCUGUUUACACAUCUUUUGCUCUUCUUUGUUUGUUUGGGGUAUGCGUGGCUGACUGUAGCGCUUCAUUGCUACUGUGUAGUUUUUACUAGCUAACAGAUUGGAGGCACCACAUCUGCAGUGUGAGACAUAAAAUAUAGCUAUAUAAACAUAAUAUAACUAUGAACACUGAACAAAGCUGUUAGUUUCUCAAUCUCUGUUGUUUCUGGAUUUUUUGAAAUAGUAAUAGAGUGGAUCCUUUUACAUUUGUAGACCUUAAAAGUUGUGCAUACACAACUCUAAAGAAGAUUCUUAUGACGGCUCACCCGCUGUGCUGCCAGUGUGCACCACAGCGGGAGCCCUUCCUUAUUUCUGUCUUUUUCUCUUGAUCCUUCUGAGGCAUUAUUGAACCUGAACCACACCAGCUGAAAACAAGGACAGUGCCUUUAGUUUUAUAUGUCAACAUCCCCCUGACUGACCACGAGUCACUAAAACGAGAUUCAGCGUCCCUCCCUGCAACUCCUUUAACUAAACUCUGAUUAUCUGCCCAGGCAAACACAGGGUUGUAGAUUAUUUAAAACCUUUCACAAAUCUGUAACAAACAUUAAUUUUAGUACCAGAAUCAGAUUUCCACCAUGCAUCCACAGUAACAUUGUAGCUUUGAUAAUAGAACACUGAUCUAGCACCAUUAUACUCCUGAAUUCUCCCAGAACUUGGAUUUUUCAGUCACAGAUACAUCUGUAGGUAGAAAAUCUUAUUAGCCGUCAAUGAGUUUGCCAGGCAGCUACAGUAACAAAAUGCCAGAUAUAUUUCAAAGAAGUCAAUCUAAGACUUCUUUAGUAGUGAUGCUCAACAGGAGAAAGCUGCUGUAAUCCUAGAAUUACACAGCAAGACCUUUCACUAUAGCACUGUGUCAGUGCUGGGGAAUGACCUGAUUGUACCCAUUUUUAUUCUGCUAUAAAAGGAAGAAUUUCUUGUGUUAUUCUAAAUCAUCUUAGGCGGUGCUAAGCCCAGGGUGCAGCACUGCUGCCUCUGUGAAACAGUAACAGACAGGGAAUUUGUUUCGGUGGAACAUGCUUGUAAAAAAUUUUUUUUUCAAUAACUGUUGGGCAAACAUGCAAUCCCAUCCCUGACAGAAAACAAAUGUUGUAAAGAUAUUGUUUCUAUAUCUUCAAAUCAUUCACUGAAAGAAUCCUGCAAGUCUACUGCAAGAUCAACGUAUUCAUGAAAACUUGUAUUUUCAGUGUGUAGGCUGCUAGCUCAGUGAUUGUUGCUUUCCACAGUGAAGGAGGUCUAAGAUUAACCCUAGACUACCCUUAACAUGGAUAAAUGUAGUUUGAUAUGGUGUACAGGAUUACAUAGUAGAAUUCACGUUUAUCAAAAAUCUGUUUUACAGGAACAGACUGAUACAAAUAUGCAUGCUGGAUAUUUGUGGAUUAACACCAGAACACAAGAUUAUAACUUAGAAACAUAAUUCGAUUAAACAGCUAUCUGACAUGAAUUUUUCAGUUUCAAAGACUAAAAAGGCCCAACUAUUCAAUGAGUGCAUAUUUUCUUCCCCAUCAAUUGUGAUCUGUGACUGAUAUGUCCAAAUUCAGGGACACAUCCAAGCAUCAGGGUUACACAUUAUCAACUGGCUUUAAAAGGCGUUAACACUGGGGAAAAAAAGGCACAAAAUACAUAAAAAAAGCCAAGAGAGUGACAGACAUCUAUCUAGUCUGUUCAUUAAUACUGCUUUUUUUUUUUUAAAAACCAGAACAUUAUAUAAAUUAAUCACACCCUUUUCCACAAACCAAACACACAAACACACACACACUACUGUAAGCAUGACAAAAUAUUGAUUAAAAGUCGUUCUCCUUGAGGAGGUAAAUCCAGUCGUGCCUCCUGUGGCCACUCGCGUGAAGCAGCAACAUCAAAUGGGCCAAACUCGAUGCCUAUUACCGGGUGUAGCCAAGAAUCCAGUGAUACAUUAACAAGAUUAUUUGUUAACUAUGCAUCUCAUAGUGACACAGCUUGCCUUGCCAUUGCUUUGACCUGACUGGUUCACAUGGGGAGAGAAUGAACGCAGUCGCUUCGAUUGGCAGCUGUGACAUUGACUGCGGUGAUGAGGGGGACUUGUCAUUGUGGGUGGUACUGUAGAAAGCAACGGCGGGCAGAGGCCACACACACACGUAAAUAUAAGUACAGACACACACUCGCUCCCUCCCUUUGUCCUUUCCGAAGUGGUGAUCGCCCCUCCUCUUGUGCCCCUGUGUUCCCCAGGGGAGGCCAAACCUGCUGUGCCAUCAGAAGCUCAUCCCGUCCCUUUUCUCCCCCCUCCCUCAGCCCUAAUCUCAUCAUAUCUCACGCACUCGUCUUCCCCCGUCUCCCUCCUCCUCCUCCCCUCCUGUAGCACUGCCACACCGCCAGGAUUAGGAAUAUUAAAACUAUUCUGUUGAUUUCAGGCCUGUGACCUUCCUCAAAAAGUCCUCCGUCUCUCUCCAGACAGCCCCAUUAAUCCUUUUUUCUCUCCUUUCUUACUUUUCUCUCUGACUAUUCAGACGUGAUGCUCACUGUCCUGUCAGAAAUUCUGCAUAGGAAUGAAGCAGGGUGUUUUGUGCCAAAGCGAGGUCAUUUCAAUGGCAAUAUUGCUGUCGGUAUCUUCAUUUGGUCAGGAACAUUCUGUGAGAUCGCACCUCAUGUUCUCUUUUCCCGCAUUCUCUUGUUCAGGUACAGCACUUAAAACACAAAGAAACAAUAGUUACAUUUCAUUUCCAGCACUUCUACAGUUUACUGUCCAUGAAAAUAAAUUGCAUCCUGAAUUUUGAUCCCAGCUCCAAGACAAAUAUGAAUCUGAAAUAAAUGCAAAUGAGGUUUUUUUUUUCUUUAUUAUGAUUUCUCACCGAGUGUGCACUGCCUGACUGUAUCUCAAUAUGAAUCCAUGAAGAUGGCUACUGCCUUCCUAAAACCUGAGGGGAAUUCAGCAUCACAUCUUGACAGCAAUUAGUGGCACAAUCUGUUUCAUGCUUGCUGAUAUAACUAGGCUCUGGACAGAUCUCAUACUGAAGUGUUACAAUGUUCUGUACAUCUUAAUAUUAUUCAACUGUGGAAGAGGAGUAAUACACACGACUCAGCCUACAAAAAUCGACUGUGCUUUUUAAGCAGAUGUUUCAAUCAAAAAAAGAGGGGAAAAAAAUAGAUACAUGAUUUUUCACCUUACUGUGGCCUUUCGUGUAACAAUCUGGAGUUUUUUUUGUGUCCAUGGCUUCCUAUCUGGGGUGUUAAAGAGAUAUUUAUAUCUGUGACGUUUUGGUAAAAAAAUAAAUAAAUAAAUGAACAGACAAACGACAGACAGGAAUACCGAUCACGAUGCAAAGGAUGAAUUCGAUUUUAACAAUUCCGCUUGUUCUAUUCUUCAAAAUCAAAACGCGACAAAAAGAAGACAUAUCUGUAACAUUCACCAAAGCCUGUGAUGCCUGUUUUAAAUGAUAGAUUCUUGUACAAAAAAACCAUAUAAAAUAGCAGAAAAGACUUACAGAUACAAACACAAAAUAAAGAUAAGAAUUGCCUUCAAAUAUUCUGGAGGGGAGGAUUUAAAAAAAAAAGUAAAAGAAAUGCUUCUUUAAGAAAAUGUGUAUGUUUUUUAUUCAAUUUUCUAGUAGUUGCAAACAAAACUUGGUGUUUUUUCUCUUUGUGUGUUGUGUGUUGUCUCAAUAUUUGAAUGUAUUUUACUGCAGUGCGAAUUUGCCAAAGAUAUCAUAUCACUUGAUUUUUCCUCUUUUAUCUUUCGUUCAGUUGUUCCUGAAUUGUGAUCGGUUUUGUUCAGAAAAACUGGAAAUAAGUGGUGAAUUUGAUAUUAUGCUUAUUUUUUAUAUUUCUAUUGUUAAUAUUAUUGUUAUUUUAUUUCCUGGGCUUUGAGUUUACUGUGAAAUAUUAAAUUGCAGUUUGCUUGAUGCAUCUCUUCAUACUCAGUCUGUGUACCUGUCCAUCCGUCCACCUGAGUGACUGUUGUUGGUGAAUUAUUCCAUUUAUGUACCUGUAAUGUGAAACUAAGAAGUAAUUAUUUGUAAAUAUUUGCCAUAAUUUUAUUGGUCCUUCAGAAUAAAAAAUAAUUUUUUGGAA